AUGCGGGCACAGCUUAUGUGGAGGACGCUGCCCAGUCUGGUCCUCGGACUUCUGUUCUUGAGCACGCCGGUCAUGGGCAGCUGUCUGGACAAGGACCAAGAGCUGCUCAGGCAGCUCCAGAAGCAGGCGGACAUCAUGCAGCGAACCAGCAUGCUCCUGAACCCCUAUAUCCAAAGCCAAGGCCUAGACAAGGAUGGACUGAAGGAGCACUGCCGGGAGCGCCCAGGGACCUUCCCCAGCAAAGAGGCCCUGCAGCGGCUCAGCAGGCAGGAAUUCCUGCGGGCUCUCGACACCAUGCUGGACCACGUUCUGCACAGACUGAAGGCCUUGCAGCGAGACAUCCCCAAAGCCCAGGACCUGGAGACACUGAAUAGGGCAAAGCAGAACAUUCGCGGGUUCAAGAACAAUAUCCACUGCCUGGCCCAGCUGCUUCCAGGCUCAUCAGAGACGACUGAGCCCGCUCCAAUAGGCCCAGGGACAUCUCCGUCGCCCACCCCCACCCCAGACACCUUCCAGCGCAGGCUCGAAGGCUGCAGGUUCCUGCACGGCUAUCACCGCUUCAUGCACUCCGUGGGGCAGGUGUUUCGAGAGUGGGCGGAGAGCCCGAGUCGGAGCCGGAGACACAGCCCCCGCCGGGGCCUGCGGAAGGGGACCCGCAGAGUGCCACUCUCCAGGAACAAGAGACUCCUGCCCAGGGUUCAGCUGCCCUGGUAG